GGGAAGUAUGGCCAUCGAAAUUCGCGGGAAAUUCCCAUUCGAGCAUCCUCCACCAUUGUUCAACCUCGCCAAAUCUGGACAAGUGUUGGGCUCUCGCCAUUCCCACUUCUUAAACUCAUUUUCCAACAUGAAUUUUCACUUUCCCCCGUUCAUUUUCUCUCAUUUCUUCCUUCUCUUGCCUCGUCCAAUAACCCUUUUCUGUUCGUCUCUCGUAUCCAUUGAUCCGAACAAACAACCACCUUACUUCCCUCUCCGUUUCCACAAAUUUGGGCGGAUUUUCACAUUCUGGUGGAAGAUUUUUCUCCGACCACCACUGGAUUGUUGGGUCUUUGAUAGGUUGGUUUUGAUUCUGCUCAAUUUCGUUCCUAAUUCUGAGGGCUAGGGCAGAAUCUUGGUUUCUUGUCGAUUCUUCUAUAAGGGGUCUCGAGGUCGACUGCAAUUGCUGCACAUGUGAUUGAGUUCUAAAAUGGAGCAAUUUCGGCAGCUCGGAGAGGCCUUGGGAAGUCUAAAGGCCCUAAUGCUAUUCAGAGAUAGCAUUCAUGUAAAUCAGCGGCAGUGCUCUUUAUUGUUUGAUGUUCUGUGCUUUGCGUAUGAUUCAGUGGCGGAGGAGAUGAAGCAAAAUCUUCGAUUCGAAGAGAAGCACACGAGAUGGAAGGUUUUGGACCUGCCAUUGAGAGACCUGAACAGGGUAUUCAAAGAAGCAGAAUGGUACAUUAGGCAGUGUUUGGAAACCAAGGAUUGGUGGGCAAAAGCCAUCAUGCUAUAUCAGAACACCGAUUGCAUCGAAUUUCAUAUUCACAAUUUGUUGUACUGCAUCUCGGUUGUCGUUGAAGCCCUUGAAACAGCAGGAGAAAUCUCUGGUUGCGAUCACCAUGAGAUGGCGAAGAAGAGGAUAAUAAACUCCACCAAAUACAGGAAUGAAAACAAGGAUUUGAAGAUUUUCCGGUGGAAAUAUGGGAAGCAAUACCUGAUUACUCAGGAUUUCUGCAAUCGGGUCGAUGCGGUUUGGAAAGAAGAUAGAUGGGUUCUACUCAGUAAGAUCCGGGAGAAGAAAUUCACAGCUUCAUCCAAGUAUGAGCAACGACUAACGGAUCUUCUACUUAAAAACUUAGAUGGGUUAGAGUCUUUGAAUGGAAAGCUGUUGCCAAGUUCAAUGCUAGUAGGAUCAAGGGACUACCAGGUGAGGAGACGAUUAGGGGGUGGGAGUCAAUACAAAGAGAUACUCUGGUUAGGGGAAAGCUUUGCCAUGAAACAUUUUUUUGGGGAAAUUGAAUCCUUAAUUCCAGAGAUCUCCACGCUGUUAUCUCGUUCCCAUCCAAACAUAACAAGAUUUCUUUGUGGGUUUACUGAUGAGGAAAAGAAAGAGUGUUUCUUGAUUAUGGAACUUAUGAGUAGAGACCUGUCGAGCUACGUAAAGGAGAUUUGUGGCCCUCGUAAGAGAAUUCCAUUUACCCUUCCUGUAGCUCUAGAUUUGAUGCUUCAAAUUGCAAGAGGAAUGGAAUAUCUCCACUCAAAUAAAAUCUACCACGGGAAUUUGAAUCCUUGUAACAUUCUGAUUAAGCCAAGAGCUUAUUCUACUGACGGGUACGUGCAUGCUCAGGUCUCUGGGUUUGGCCUACCUGUUGUCAAGUUCAAGAACUCCUCAAAUCAAAACGAAGCCCUCCCAUUCAUAUGGCAUUCUCCAGAAGUUUUAGAAGAGCAGGAUCAAUCAGGAACCACCGAGAGUUCCAAGUAUACUGAGAAGUCCGAUGUAUACAGCUUUGGCAUGGUUUGUUUUGAGGUUCUGACUGGGAAAGUCCCUUUUGAGGAUAGCCAUCUUCAAGGGGACAAGAUGAGCCGAAACAUUAGAGCAGGGGAGAGGCCACUUUUUCCCCAUAGUAUGCCAAAAUAUGUGACGAACUUGACCAAGAGAUGCUGGCAUACCGACCCGAAUCAAAGGCCGAGCUUCUCGUCCAUUUGUAGGAUUCUUCGGUACACAAAGCGAUUUGUAGCAUUGCAUCCUGAUUAUAAUAGUCAGACAGAUCCUGCUACGCCAAUAGUAGAUUACUGUGACAUUGAAUCAGGUUUGUUGAGGAAGUUGCCGCCAUCUUGGGGAAGGUGUGAUGCAUCAUCAACAAUAUUAGAUAUCCCAUUUCAGAUGUUUGUUUACAGAAUCGUAGAAAAACAGAAAUCCGGUACAAGCAGUACUAAAGAUACUUCAGAAUCAGGAAGUGAUGGUGCCUCAGCAUGUGGGGAUGAAUCUGCAUCAUCAGUAGAUGAUCCUUUCCAAACGGUUACUGAGAAAAGAUUACCAGCUCCACGUGAAGGAAUGAGCACAGGCCGGAGGCUUUCGUUGACGAAGAACUCUUCUGAUAAUAAACUGAACAAGCUACCAGGUACACCAAAAGGACGAUCUUCAAGGCCUCCACAAAUUAGUCCUCGCGGGCGUAGUAUGCGAAUGAAUUCUGAAAGCCAGCUUAUGGCAUUGAGUCCAAAGGUUAGAAGAUCAUGUGGCCAUGCUUCAGAUUCUGAGCUAUCCUAGAAACCAAGGAAGAAGUAUUGAUGGAGCUGACGACCUCAGUGAUUUAAGGCAUUGCUCAUUCAAAUGUUUCCCUGAUAAGGCCUGAAUGAACUAUGGGGUUCACAAGAAAUUUCUUCUUCCCUUGAUGGGUGGUGGGUGGGAAAGGACAUGGAGCAGCGUUUCACAGCUUAGAAUGAUUCACCAUGUUUUGUAACUAGGAAUAAUCAGCCUUAUGAAAGAACAGUAGAUGAGUCAAAAUUCUGAAAGUGGGGAAAGAAUUGCUGUCAAGUAGUAUAUUUCUUUCAAAGUUUUGCUGUCUAUCUUGAAUUCUAACUUGAGCUAAUGAGCACCUGAAGGAAAGCAAAGCAAAUGAAGAGAUUAGAGUUCUGCAAUCCACUACAGAAGACGACUAUGCUGUGUUCACCCAUGAAAAUGGGUUUGGAAAUGGAAGGGGGAAGGUCAAGAAUACAUGGAAAUGGAAGCAAGAUUCGAAAGUUUAUUAAAUUUUUGUUAGAACCAGAGUUCAUUUGAGAUGUAUUGCCUUACUACAGAUUUCAACAUUUGGAAUGAGAAAUGAUUUAAACUUGGCAUGAAAUAUUGUACCAUCACCAUUCAGCUACAAUACAAUAAAGUGGCAAGAAACAA